AUGAGGCUGCAGUUCGGCGGGCAGCGGCGCAGUCUACGACCCGCCGCCCACCCCGGCUCUGGGGCUGUCACUUCCGCGCGUCGGUGGGUAGCGGACCGGGCCGUCGUCGAGGAGGAUGCCCGGGUGUUGGCUUCGUCCCCAAGGUGCUGGCCGGCGCUGCCCAGGGAGGCAAUCGGGAUAGCGCCGCCCAAACUUUCCUUCGUGGCGGCGUCAGGCGGAAACAUUCCGCUGCGAGGCUCCCGGAGAGAGAAGGAAGGCUCGGGCGCGGGAGGAGACAGGCCCGAGCUUGCGCAGGAGGUGACCGUGACCUCCGCGCGCUCCCCACGCACGUGCUCGCGGCCGAAGACUAGGAAGCUGCACCCGCUGGGCAGCAGCGCUCAGUCCGGCCCAGGGCGCAAGGAGGCGGUGCGGGGGAGCGCGCACGCUGCGCCCCCGCCUCCCAGGGGAUCCGACUGGCUGCUGCGAGCACAGAGCCGCCGGGUUUCGUGCCUGCCCGGCGGUGGCCCUGGACCCCGUGCGGGGCAGACUCGGAGGGACGAGUGUGACCCGCAUCUGUCUCGGGACCUAGAAGUGCGCGCGGCCGCCGGCGCCGCCCCCAUGCUGCUCCGAGCGCCCAGGCUGUGCGCGUCUAGGGCGGCCGCUGCUGCGCAGAGCGAGGGCGACAGCGAAAGGCUGGGCGGGGACAUGGACGAGUCUUCGCUGCUGGACCUGCUGGAAUGCUCCGUGUGCCUGGAGCGCCUGGACACGACGGCCAAGGUGCUGCCGUGCCAGCACACCUUCUGCCGCCGCUGCCUGGAGAGCAUCGUGUGCUCGCGCCACGAGCUGCGCUGCCCAGAGUGCCGCAUCCUGGUGGGCUGUGGCGUGGACGAGCUGCCUGCCAACAUCCUCUUGGUGCGCCUGCUGGACGGCAUCCGCCAGCGUCCCCGCACCGGCGCCAGCCCCGGCAGCAGCCCUCCAGCGCGUCCAGGUCCGAGUGCCGGCCCAGGUUCGGGGACCGCCUCGGCGCUCGCAGGUGGCGGGGGCAGCGCUCCUGGCUCCCCGGUCCUCCUUCCUGCAGCGACCAGCGCCACUGCCAGUCUGCGCGACCUGGCGACCAGUAGGAGCGCGCCCCUGGCAAAGAGCCUUCCCCAGCCGCCCUAUGGCAAAGCCCUGCACAGUUAUGAGGACCAGGAGCCCGGGGACCUCAGGUUCAGCAAGGGGGAUGUCAUCGUCCUGCGGCACCGGGUGGAUGAGCACUGGUACCAUGGCCUCCUGCCCGCCAGCUACGUCCAGAGUGUGCGGCCCCUGCCCCAGGCCCCGCCCCAGGGCAAAGCGCUCUAUGAUUUUGAGAUGAAGGACCGAGACCAGGACAAGGACUGUCUGACCUUCAGCAAGGAUGAGGUCCUGACUGUCAUCAGAAGAGUGGAUGACAACUGGGCAGAGGGAAUGCUGGGAGACAAGGUGGGGAUCUUCCCCCUCCUAUAUGUGGAGCUCAACGAUGCUGCCAAGCAGCUGAUGGAGAUGGACAAGCCUGGCCCGGUUGCAGCAUCUGGCUGCCUUGCUUCCUUGCCCUCUGACCCUGGCACGGCAACUGGCUUGGCCCCGGGUCCUACUUCAGGCAGUCCGGGGGCAGCCAGCGCCCUCCAGCGGCGUGUGGACAGCAAGAAGAACACCAAGAAACGGCACUCCUUCACGGCGCUCAGCGUGACACACAGGUCCACGCAGGCUGCUGGCCACAGGCGUUCCAUGGAGAUCAGCGCCCCCGUGCUGAUCAGCUCCAGUGACCCCCGGGCCGCGGCCAGGAUUGGAGACCUGGCGCACCUGUCCUGCAGCGCUCCCACCCAGGACUCAUCCUUGGCCGGAUCUGCCCCAGCGACUGAACAGCAGGGCACAGCUCCCAAAGUCCAGCUGCCCCUCAACGUGUACCUCGCGCUCUAUGCCUACAAGCCCCAGAAGAGCGACGAGCUGGAGCUGCGCAAGGGUGACACAUACCGUGUCCUGGAGAAGUGCCGGGAUGGCUGGUUCAAGGGCACGGCCCUGAGGACUGGGCUGUCAGGUGUGUUCCCGGGAAACUACGUGACGCCUGUGUCCAGGGUUCCUGGAGGAGGGGCUGGGUCAGUCCGGAACAGCGUGCUUGGAGGGUCUCCGCUGGCCAAAGGGAUGGCCACAACCCUGCACCUGGGAGGUGGGAGUCUGAGCAGCCCGGCCACGGCCCUGAGGCCGGCCCUUCCCCUCAGCACUGGCCAGGCUCAGGCCCAGCACCAGGCAGCCUCGCCGCCGAUGGGCAGUUGUCUACGGCACUCGGCCCAGCCGACAGCCAGCCAGGCUCGGAAUGCCGUCCCCACCGCUGCCCACUCAGCCCAGACUCAGGACCGGCCAACCGCCACCGUGUCACCCCUGCGCACACAGAACUCCCCAUCCCGCCUGCCCUCCACCAGCCUCAGGCCCCCAUCUGUGGGGUCCCCACAGCACAUCCACCAACCCCCGGUGCAGACGGCCACUGGGGCCCAGAGCCCCCGGCCAGCCAUGCAGCUCAUGUCAGCAGCCUCGGCCAUCACACCUCCCAACGUCAGUGCCGCCAACCUCAACGGGGAGGCAGGAGGAGGCCCUGCCAGCAGCCCGUCCACAUCCAGCCCCACCAACAUGGGAGGCAAACCAGAUGAGAGGAAAAGUGAAAAGAAAGACAAGAAGACUGGGCUCCUGAAGCUGCUGGCCGGGGCAUCUGCCAAGAAGAAGCCCCGCUCCCCGCCACCCACCUCUCCCACCCAUGACCCCCAGGCAGCGGUGGAUGCCAUGCUCCAGGGCGCAGUGGGGCCCGAAGUGUCUUCCUCGCUGUCCACCCAUAGCAGGGCUGGGUCCUGCCCCUUAGAGGGCGAGAUGCAGGGGGCUUUGGGUGUGGAGCCGCUGCACAGGAAGGCGGGCUCCUUGGAUCUGAACUUCUCGUCCCCUUCCCGGCAAGCACCUCUCUCCAUGGCCGCCAUCCGCCCUGAGCCCAAGGCACUGCCCAGAGAGAGGUACCGCGUGGUGGUCUCGUACCCACCCCAGAGCGAGGCAGAGAUCGAGCUGAAGGAAGGGGACGUGGUCUUCGUGCACAAGAAGCGUGAGGACGGCUGGUAUAAGGGGACCCUGCAGAGGAACGGCCGCACGGGGCUCUUCCCCGGCAGCUUCGUGGAGAGUUUCUAGGCCCAGGGCUGAGGCAGGCUGCCCUGUACACGGCAGGCGGGGCCAGGAGAUCAGGGCCCCUGAUGGGAACCCCUGCAUCCCCAUGAAGUGGCUCUGAAGGAGCAGACCCUGCCAGGUGGUUAGCUUCUGGGACACUCACUGGCCAUCUGCACAGGGGGGCUGGGGGCACAAGCCCACCACCCGUGCUUGGAGAGUGUCCUUAGGGAGGCUCCCAUCUUCAGGUGGGCCCAGACUGCUCUCCGCCUCUGUCUAUACCUCAGUCACCUCCACCUGGACCCUCAGCAUGGGUGUCACCAGCCCUGUCCCAGGGAGGCCACCUUGCGGCUCCUGUGGGACGAGGUAUGAGCAGUGCUUCUUGCUUUGCCAGCGUGGUCCCAUCUUUCUUAUGUCUUUUUACUGCAAAGCUGUUAGACUUUAUAAACUGCUAACAGGUCAUACACUGCCUAUUUUUCUUACACCUGGUGCUGCCUUUUUGUAAAACUUGUCAGGACUUGGUUGAGCUUGAAAGAAAAAAUAUCUGGGGAGGCACCAAACAGGCAAAACUUCCACAGGCGCCAUGUGACCCUGGGGAGCUAGGUCCUCACUGCCUUGGUGUUUGUGGGGCCAGAGGGGCACUGGGUGUUGGAGGGAGUUUGGAAAAACUAGUCUCUUUAAACUUGUUCCAGAGCUCCAGCCACAUCUAAGCAGAGACAAUGUGACCAGAGGUCCCUGUAAGUGCCUGUUGUGAGGCAGCAAUAGGAACAGGAAGGUUGGCCGCAGGCCUGGAGGCAUAACUCCCCUUCUGUUGCUGCAGAGUGACCAGAGCUAGGAGCCCCCACUACAGAGAUGUGUGGGUUUUACCGCCUUUGCAAGGUCUGGCCAUUUUUCUUUAACUGCUCUGCCAUCGAGCAGCACAAGCCUUGGUCUCAAGUCCAGAGACACGAGGAGGAGGGCUUUGGGGCAUCCUGUAGACUUGGAGCUGGGAGGGGAGGGGGCAGGUCUGAUCUCGGGAUGGGGUCCACACGGGGCCCCUGUGAGUCCAGCUUCCUGCAGGCACAGACUGGAGGCACCGUGAGACACCUCAUGAAACGUUCUUCUCAGCUUGGAGUCCUGGGCCCUAAAGCCUCUCUCUCAUUACAAAACCACUCAGGUUUAAACCAGGCUGAGGUCAUUAGCCUUAGAAACAUGGGAUCUCCCUGCAGUGAAAUCCCGAAACCCACUCGUGGCCUCUGAUGCCCUAACAGGAAUGCUUAUCUUCAGAGUUCCUGUGUUGGGAUGUGACUUGCUACGGCCAGGUGGAUCCCAGGCUGGCAGUAGCCCCUAGAGAAAAGCUCUCUUCCUCUCUCCAGAGGAGAACAGAUUUAAUAGAGUUGAGCAAUUUGUUCUGAGUCAAAUUAAAAAUCUGGGUUAAACACAGGGAGCCCUGAGUGCUGAGUUUAUAGCAGCCGGAAGGUGCCCACUGGUCACUGGUAGCCAAAUGAGUUGCCUCCCAUGCACAGGAAUCAUGUGCAUGCCUAAAACUGGGUCAUCACCAAAGAUGUGGAUGGAUUGGCACGCUGAGUGAGACUCCAGUGAAACAGCUAAUUCAAUCCCCAGAUGAUAGGAAUGUCUAAAUGAAGGCAGUUACCAAGCAACAGGACAGACGAACCGGCCGGUUCCUCUCCUGGCUCCUUGCACGUGAUGCUGAGGCCGGUGCCUGGCAGAGGCAGCAGCUGGACCCCAGCCCCCAGCAGGUGUCUUAUCAUGGUGGCCUGGCCCGUCCGAGCAAAGUCAGGGACGGGCUUGGUGGGGAGUGACACCAGCAUCAGGACCUCCUUGCAGGCUGGGCUCUGGGGAGCAGGAACACAGGUGAUCACUUCUGCGCUUUGGGCAGUUUUCCAACCCUCAGACCAUCAGCCCUCAUGGCCACUUAGCCACAGGCAGCACAGAGCCAGCAUCAGACCCCACUGUCCGGCCAUCUUGCCUGAAGGACCCUCUCCAUCUGGCCACCAAGAUGAACCAACCCUUUGUCUGAAACCCGCAGGUUCCCCAAGCCAGACCUCACGCACCUUGGUUUUGAUAUGGUGCUAGGGGCCCAGGUGACAUGCUCUGAGGAGCAGGACAGAUGUGACAUCAGAGGACACCAAAGUGAUGGGACAUUGGGCCACCAAAGGGCCACAGGCACUGGGGUGGGGGAUGGAAGGCAAGCAUUUCCCAGCAGCCUCACAGUGGGGAAUUCUCUGUACUUUGCACAGUUCACACACACGCACCCCUCGUUUCUGUUGUACACAAGUGUCAGUGUGUGGUGUGUGGUCUUGGAGGAAUGGACAGUGAUGACAAGCCAUGAUGCCUCUGUUUCCAAAUCUUUAAAUAAAACUGAACAUGGACAGG